GUUGAAAUACCAAGCUAUGAAACCACCUACUGGUGUACAGGAGUAACUCUGGACUCUUCCAUUACUGAAGAAGAGAAAUAUAUCGUUAGAAUAUCUCCUUACAUUACAUCUGGUAGUGAACCUUAUGUACACCAUAUCCUUGUAUAUGUUUGUGACGGAUUAGAUAAUUCCGAUACAGGAAAAGGUGGGAAUUGUGAUAGUGAAAUUAGUGAUAAUAUGAGAAAUUGUCUCAGUCAAACUCUAAUUGCAGCAUGGGCCGUUGGAGGCUCAGAUUUUGUUUACCCUGAGCAUGUUGCCUUUCCCAUUGGUGGACCAAACGGUGAACAGUUUGCUGUCAUACAAUUGCAUUAUAAUAAUCCAGAACAGGUAUCAGGUAUUACUGAUAGUUCUGGUAUUGUCUUCACUUACAUUGACACAAGAAGGCAAUAUGAUGCUGGGAUCUUGUUUCUUGGUCACGCUGUUGCUCCUGUCAUGAUUAUACCUCCUAACACAAACAACUUUAAGACCAUUGGAUUAUGCAGUGAUCCAUGCACUAAAACAUAUUUCCCAUCUUCCGGAAUACACAUAUUUGCUAGCAUGCUUCACACUCACCUAGCAGGCUCUGGAAUAAAAUUGGCUCAUCUAAGCACAGCCGAGUGUACCAGUGAAGGGAAAACUGCCUAUCAAGAGCUUCAACCGAUUGAAAAUAAUCCACACUAUGAUUUUAAUUUUCAGCAAGCUACUCACCUACCUCAAGAGAUUACUGUAUUACCAGGUGAUACUUUACUGCUAGAGUGCAAGUACAACACAACUGGCAGAACUGGAGUGACAUUA